AUGCUUCAGUUCCAGGUCCAUUCUCCGGGCAAGGUUAUACUCCAUGGUGAGCAUGCAGUUGUCUAUCAGCGUCCCGCUCUGGCCGCUGUUGUUGGAUUGGGAACAAAACUUCAAUUUCGACAGCAAUCGGACAGCCAGGUAGCCAGUUUUCAAUUGGAGGCACUGAAUUGUACUUUGGAGAUUCAGUUAAGUGACUUCAAUACAUUCCUUGCCAAUUUUCGUAGCCAAAAUCCGAAAGGAAGCACCGCCAAGCUAUUGGAGGAGGUUCGCGGAGAGAUAGACAAACAGCUUGAGCGGAGUAACAAUGGCGUUCCCGCACUGAAGGCAACGACACAGAGGGCUUUUAUUUCGAUAUACUAUUUAUUAGCCGGAGCAGUGCUUUCCGCUCCCGGAGAGGAUGAAUUGACUCUCAAAACUGGGUUCCAAGUUCAUGUAGAGAGUGAACUGAAUGUGGGCGCCGGCUUGGGUAGUUCUGCGUCGUAUGGGGCUGCACUGGCGACAGCAUUUCUCAUCUUGACGGGCCACUUUGAUAGUGAGAGUUAUCUGGAACAGGAAAAUCUGGCUUUGAUUUCCCACUGGGCAUACGAAUCGGAGCGGGUUAAUCAUGGCACACCCUCAGGAGUGGAUAAUACAGUCUGCACUUAUGGCGGCAUUGUGCGCUUCGUUAAGGGUCAGGGUUUUGAAUCAUUGAGCAUACAUAAGCCCCUAAAUAUCCUUUUGGUGGAUAGUCGCGUGAGUCGCAGCACUGCUGAUAUUGUGGCCAAAGUCCGUCAUCUUCGCGAUGCAUUCCCUCAACUAAUUGACGCCAUUUGGCAAGCAUGCGAGGAGUUGGUGAAAGCUGCCAUUCCUCUUUACGAGAGUUUUGGCAACGAACAGGACGACAGUUCGAAAUUUGAGCAACUUGAGCGUCUCUUUCAAAUGAACAAUGAUUUACUCAAGGCUAUUGGAGUGUCACAUCCCAAGCUGGAACAAAUCUUCACCAUUGCCUUCAAGCGGGGAUUCUUCUCAAAGUUGACAGGAGCUGGAGCUGGUGGUUACGCUAUUGUAUUGUUGCCUGAAAAUUAUCAGGGUAAUGAGGUCUACUGGAAACUUAAAGAGGAACUGGAGGCAGCGGGCUUUGGUAUCCAUGUGACAACAGCUGGUGGCGAGGGUCUAAGGGUUAGUUCUCUUAAGAAUUAAAGUAUCUAAUGUUUGGUAUUUUUUUUUUUGUGUUUGCAUUUGUACUUAAAAUGUAUUUUAUUCCCUAUUGGUUGACGUUAUGAAAGUAAACUAAAAAUAAAACUUUUUGUAUUGAA